GUAUAAAUAAGAUUGAUUUGUCCCUUAGUCGUUUUAAUUCUAACCAUGAUGUCGUACAUCAUACUUGCGUUCCUGUGUGUAAUCCCAUUAAGCUGUUUGUCUAUUCUUACUGAUGGGGAACCUCAGAACGGCACGUUACGGGAUGAAUCAGUGGACACAAAGACCGAUAUCUUCAGACAGUUGUUGAACCAGGAGACUCUUAUUCGAAUAUCACUGGUGAAGAAUGUUCAUAGUCUCAUGAAAGAUAUGGUCGAGAUGAAAGAAAGCAUGUUAACUAGCAAUAAACGACUCCAUGAUGCCGAGAAAGAAAUCUCAAGCUUAAAAAAUGAGGUACAGUUGCUGAAAACCGAGAACCAGAAGUUCAAAGAACAAGCUGUGAAAUUCCAAGACGAGUUUAGGACUACUGACAGCAGGUUUAAUGAAAUUGAAGGAAAUUUUACAAAGGUUUCACAAAGCCAAACUCAAUAUGUAAGGCAUGUGAAUGACAAAAUUGAAGACUUUGAGAAAAAUACAUCUACGAUCCUAAAUGACAUCAAGAUAGAGGUGCGCUAUCUGUCUGUAACGUUAUUGGACUUAAAUAAACAUACCAUGGAACUGAACAUGUCGAUUCCAGAGCUGAUAGAAAGUAGAUUAACCGAUUUUACCGCCAACGUAAAUAGAUCUGUCGGUGAUAUAAACCACAAGUUGCUUAGUUCAAAGGAUUAUCAAGAACAACUGGUGUACAACUUGUCUGCAUUAGGAAAUGACCAAUCUAGUUUAAUGAAAAUAAUAUCAGAUAAUCUGAACAACACUAUAAACUCCAUCAAAGCGGAUGUUGAGCAAUUCCAGAAGUCCCAGCUGAAGUUGUCAGCUGCUGUGUCAUCACUUGAGGUUUUCAGAAUGAACAUGUCCCUGCUGAACAAUUGUGUUUCGAAAACAAGUGUGGGCUUCACAGUCGGGGUGACGGGUACGUCUAGCAAAUGGUCUGGAAACAUCUUGGUGUUCCCUCAUGUUGUCACCAAUAAUGGAAACGGAUACAAUCCGAGCACGGGGAAAUUCACCGCCCCCACGGACGGGACAUACGUUUUCUUUGUUACUGUUAAUACGUACAACAGUAAUUAUAUAUAUCUAGAUAUUGUGCUUAACGGUUCAAAGAAAGUCAGAACAAUGUCCCACAACAGUUCUAACUACAUGACGGGAACAAACAUGGCGGUUCUACAGUUAUACACAGGGAACUCUGUCUGGGUCAGUCGUUCCACUGGACAAAGUUAUUUCUCUCAAGAUGUUCCCAUUACGACCUUCUCUGGUUUUCUUCUAUCAUAAAACCUACACUUUGUAAAACGCUUUGAAGCACAAGAGUCUCUUUUAGAAUCGAAAUACGAAAUUUGAGAUUUGAAAAUCACAACUCAACUUUUUAAUUUACAAACUAUAUUUUAUUGGGAGUUGAUUUUAAUCAACUCUCCUAUGCAGUGUGAACUGAAGCAGUGUUAGGACCUAAGCACAGAUCAUCACCGCUGA